CGGCGCAAAUGUCCGACGGCCAAAUGGCAAAUCAACUGAAUGUGCAACAGCAGCAACAGCAUCCGCUGCUGUCAGCCAUCGCAGCGAAUAAUUAUGCUCAAACGCAGCGUGUGCAUUACUAUCCCAACCACUACAACCCGAGCCACUACUUGCCGGGCCAUUACCACCAAGGACACCAAGGAUACCCAGGAUACCAGGGGCACCAGGCGCAGCAGGGACGACCGACGCUCCUGGCGGCCGCCAGCAGCCACAACGGUGCUUAUGCGGCCACGGCGGCUGGCAGCGGCCACUCCGGCUACGGCGGCAUUGAGCCAUCCGUGGAGUACGAGUUGGAGCCCGAGCCACCGUCGGGCAGCUUCUCCUCCUUUCAUCCCAGCAGUGCGGGCAGUGGUCCCGCAUAUCCAUCUGACCACCAUCCACCGUCUGGGCCGCCGCCAGCGCCACCAGCGCCUCCGCCCAGCAAAUCGUCAAAGAAGUCGAAGAAGAGCAGCGGUUCGGUGAUGAACGCACUAACGCUGCUCUCGUUCUUCUUCUUUGUGAACAUGCUGCAGAACUGCCUGAAGGAUCAUAUGGCGGACAUGAAUCCCACCGUGAUGGUGCUCACGGCCAGCGGCACUCGCAAUCGCUUCAACAAAUUAGCCGAGAUGAAUUCACGCGAACAGACCUCCACCACGGCCACCGAAUCGGCGGCGGCAGCGGCAGUGGCAGCUGCAUCAUCUUGGAAUCAUCAGGCUGCUUUAGUUCCGGCCGUCGAGCCCAGUGUGCCGCCCUCCAUUGUUGCGCCCACGGUGGUGCUGCAAUCGCCCUACAGCGGUCACACGGAGCUGGCUAAUAAGCCGCCCCACCAGUACCAGCCACCGGCACCGAAUCCUCAGCAAAAACCCCACGAUUAUCGGCCCACCCACCACCUCGUCGCGGAUGAUGAUGUUUAUAAUUACAACGGGCAGCGCAGACCUCCGCCCCAGACCUUCUCCACCUCCUUCUCCACCUCCAGCAAUGAUGGCGAUUUCUAUCCUAAUCGCACACACAUCGACCACUCGUCCCGGCCCGACUUUGAGUCGGACUCGGGCUCCGAUUACUAUCAGCAUCACUACAACCCGUAUGCCGGCGCAAACUCCCGCCGGCAUCCUUGGUCUUAUGGCAGGCGGCGUUACUCAUCCGCACCGUGGUCUUCGGCUUCGUUGGGCGCUCAGUCGGGCGUGAGCUCUUACUUGGAUAAUGCCCAGCGCCGGCAAGGUGAUGAUGACGAUGGUCAUGGUUAUGGCAAUGGCUAUGGCUAUGGCUAUGGCCACAGGGAUAGGGAUAGGGAUAGGGAUAGGGAUGCGGAUGCGGAUGCAGAUGGGUACUGGGAUGAGGAUGGUCAGCAGCGGCGACGCAGCGAUGCUUUCUAUACUCGCACACGCAUUAAUUGA